AUGGCCAUCUUUCGUUCCUCCCCAAAACAUUUACUUCUUCUGCAUUUCUUCGUCUUCAUCAUCUCCGUCACAACUCAACCACUUCCUAGCCCGAGAGCCAACUUCUCGUGCUCCGCCAACUCGCUGAGCUCGUGCCCAUCAUAUGUCGCCUACAUUGCGCAAGGACCUGAAUUCAUCGACUUUGGAAGCAUCUCCGACCUGUUUGGUGUCAGCCGUUUAUCCCUCUCGCAGGCAAGCAACCUGGCUUCUGAAGAUGACCCUUUGUACCCCGGCCAGCUUUUGCUCAUUCCAAUCACGUGCGGCUGCAGUGGCGGCAGUUUCUUCGCCAACAUAACCUAUCAGAUCAAGAAAGGUGACAGUUACUUCCUGGUCUCGACGAAAGCAUUUGAGAACCUCACGAACUGGCAAGUCGAAGAGGAAAUGAACCCGGGGAUCAAUCCAACUCUCCUGCAGAUUGGAACCCAAGUCACUAUUCCUCUCUACUGUAAGUGCCCGGCAAAAGCGGACUCGGAGGCAGGCUUCAACUUUCUUGUUACUUAUGUAUGGCAGCCCGGAGAUGCACUUUCGUCAGUGGCCAAAAAGUUCAACGCGACACCUGGCGAUAUUGUUAAGGAAAACAAAGGAGUGAAUCUUACUGCGUCUGUAGGUCAUCCUGUUCUCAUACCAGUAUCACAAUUGCCAGCUCUUUCUCAACCACUGAAUGCCCCUCCGAAGAGAAAAGAAUCCAAGCAUGAGUGGAUUAUUGUAGCUUUACGCAGUGAGAACGAGAAGAUCGAGAAGAAGUAUGUCACCUUGCCUAACAUACCACUUGCUCGUGAGGAGUCAACAACACAAGAAGAAGAACCAGAAAACCAUGAAGAGGCGUCCAACGAAGAAGUUUGGAUAAAAGCCAUGGAGGAAGAGAUCAAGAUUAUCGAGAAAAAUGAAACUUGGGAGCUCGCCGAUGCCUCGGAGACAAAGAACUGA